AUGAAGAUAGAUUUCAAAUUCUCUAAUUUGUUGGGAACGGUGUAUACCCAAGGAAAUCUGGUAUUCACUCCAGAUGGAAAUUCGAUAUUGAGUCCAGUUGGGAAUCGAGUGUCUGUCUUUGAUCUUGUAAACAAUAAAUCAAUCACCCUUCCGUUUGAGAAUCAGAAGAAUAUUCGUAGAAUAGCACUUUCUCCGAAUGCUGCGAUUUUACUAAGUGUGGAUGAAGAUGGCCGAGUUUUGUUAGUAAACUACCCACGUCGAGUAGUGCUACAUAAAUUUAACUUUGGAAUGGGUGUUACAGACGUCAAAUUCUCUCCAGAUGGAAAAUACUUUGCGGUCACGCAUGAAAAGUUUAUUGAAGUAUGGAAAUCACCUGGAUUCAAUAAAGAAUUCGCUCCAUUUGUACUGCACAGGAAAUACACAGGACAUUAUGAUGAUGUAGUUGGUUUGUCAUGGAGUGGAGAUUCACAAUAUUUCAUAUCUUGUUCAAAGGAUAUGACAGCAAGGAUUUAUUCAGUAAACCCAAUUGAAGGCUUUACAAAAACCGUCUUAUCCGGGCAUAAAGACACUGUGGUUGGCGCAUUCUUUACCAAAAAUCAAAAAACGAUAUAUACUGUAGGUCAUGAUGGAGUGUUAUUUGUAAGAAAAUAUAUGGUGCCCAAAGACUCGGCUGAUGAACAUAGCAUGGACAUUGAUACGGAAGGGAACAAUGGUGAAAAUGAGAAACAGACUGCAACAAAGCGAUGGGUGACUGCAUCAAAGCACUUUUUUAAUACAACAAGUAUUCGAGUCGUCUGUGUAGAGUAUCAUGUCGAAGCACGGUUACUUGUCGUUGGAUUCUCAACAGGUAUAUUUGGCAUAUGGGAAAUGCCGGACUUUAAUAACAUACAUACCCUGAGCAUAUCGCAGACGAAAAUAACUUCACUUGCAAUAAACAAAUCUUCGGAAUGGUUGGCAUUCGGCUCGUCUAAACAAUCUCAACUUCUCGUCUGGGAAUGGCAAUCCGAAUCCUACGUCCUCAAACAGCAAGGACACUACUACGACAUGAAUACACUCUCGUAUUCGCCCGACUCACAGACAAUAGCCACUGGUGCAGAUGACGGUAAACUCAAACUCUGGAACACCAUUUCUGGUUUCUGCUUUGUCACAUUCACUGAACAUUCAUCAGCGAUAACCCAAGUAGAAUUUGCCAAAAAUGGACAAGUCGUGUUCUCCUCUUCACUUGACGGCACGGUGAGGGCGUUCGAUUUGAUAAGAUAUCGUAAUUUUAGAACGUUCACAACCCCUUCGCCCAUACAGUUUACCUGUCUAUGUGUAGAUCCAUCCGGAGAGGUCAUAUGUGCAGGGUCAAUGGAUACAUUUGAAAUAUACGUUUGGUCUGUGCAAACAGGAAAGCUGUUGGACAUUCUUAGCGGACAUGAAGGACCUAUUAGUGGACUGGCCUUUAGUCCAAAUGGGACACUUCUUGCAUCGUCCUCGUGGGACUAUACUGCCAGAACGUGGGAUAUAUUUGGAAGGAGCAAGAAUGUAGAAGUGUUCAGACAUACUUCUGACGUAUUGGCAAUUGCAUUUAAACCGGAUGGAAAACAGUUAGCAUGUAGUACAUUGGACGGGCAAAUAGCAUUCUGGGAUGUGGAAAGAGGAACGCAGAUUGGGACUGUUGAAGGAAGAAAGGAUAUAAGCGGAGGGAGAAAGGUAGGCGAUAGGACCACGGCUGCCAAUUCUACUUCGGGAAAAGCAUUCAAUAGUCUGUCAUAUACUGCUGAUGGAUCAUGUAUAUUGGCUGGAGGAAACAGCAAAUACGUUUGUGUAUACGAAGUGAGGACGGCACUAUUGAUUAAGAAGUUUACCAUAUCCAAGAACAGAUCGUUAGACGGGGUCAUGGAAUUUCUUAAUAGCAAAAAUAUGACGGAAGCAGGGCCAAAAGAAUUGAUUGAUGAAACGGGGGAUAUCAGCGAUUUAGAAGAUCGUAUUGAUAAAUCGCUUCCAGGUAUUCAGACAGGUGACUUGUCAGUGAGAAAGACAAUGCCAGAAGUGCGCACCAAGUGUGUUCGGUUUUCGCCAGCCGGACGCUCGUGGGCAGCAGCAUCAACCGAAGGAUUGAUAAUAUACUCGUUAGACGAAACGCUUUUAUUCGAUCCGUUCAAUCUCGACAUUACCAUCACUCCAUCCUCCAUUCUCUCAACCCUUUUAUCGACCGACUAUCUAAAGUCACUCGUAAUGGCCUUUAGGCUUAAUGAAUCUUAUUUGAUACAAAAAGUUUACGAGUCAAUUCCACCGUCAGAUGUUCCAUUUGUAGUAAAAGAGAUACCGCAGAUAUAUUUGGACAAAUUGAUCAAGUUUAUAGCAAUAAGUAUGGAAACGACUCCUCAUGUUGAGUUUCAUUUGCUAUGGGUCAGGGCGAUUGUCAAAAGUCAUGGUGGCUAUUUGAGAACACGGUUAUCUGAAUAUAUGAUUGGAUUGAGAAGCUUGAGUAGAUGUGUUACGAAAGUGUUGGAAGAUAUUGGGAAAAUGUAA